UUUCACUUGACAAGUAUCAACAAGCUAACCAUGUAAACAGACACGUAUCUUAGACUUGUUUCCUCCAUUAAAGCACAACCCAUUUUCACCUUUCCUCAACUAUAAAUACCCCCAUCUAAAACUAAUCUCCAUCUACUCAAAAACUCAUUUUCUCUCCUGAAAAACUCAGUCCUCAUUUUGCCCAACAAUGUCAUCAACUUACUCUGUUGAAAGAAAAACCAAAAAAAUAACUCAAGCUACUUCAAGAAAAGGCUGUAUGAGAGGUAAAGGUGGGCCUGAAAAUGCUAGCUGCACUUAUAAAGGUGUCCGCCAGCGUACUUGGGGUAAAUGGGUCGCGGAAAUCCGCGAGCCCAAUCGCGGAGCCCGCUUGUGGCUCGGCACUUUUGAGAAUUCUUAUGAUGCGGCCGUGGCAUACGAUGCCGCGGCCCGUAAACUCUACGGAGCCGAUGCGAAACUCAACUUGCCGCAUCUCUACAACAAACAGGCCCAGGCCCAGAAUUCUAGGCCCAAUACCAUGGGCCUAGACAAUGCUGGAGGCCCAGUUUCAGCUCCUCCCACAUGCAAUCCAGCUGCUGUUUAUAAUGUAGCAUCACCAUCAACUUGGAGUAUGGGAAAUGAUAACACAUCUUUCUAUUUCAACAAUGAUUUUGGUAACAACAGUUUUUCUACUGCGGAUCAAACUUCAUUUCAGUUUCUGGACAUUAAUCAAACAGCUGAAGAGUUUGAUGAAAACAAUAUUAAUCAGAAUGAAGGAAUUGGUGGAGAAAUGUGGAGAGAUUUGAAUAUGAAUUUGCCAGAAAUUGAUGAUUCUUCAAUAUGGGAGGAAGCAAAAGCAUCAACUUCAUUUCAAGAAGCAGUGAAUGAUCCAGGCAUAUAUGCAUGCAACUUGGAUGAUGGGAUUAAUUAUCCUCCAUGGUGUGGUUAAUUUAAUUACUUAAUUAUUAUUUUGUUGUUGUUUAAUUAGCUCUUUUUAUAUGGUAAAGAAAGAAAAAACAUGCAUGCAUGUAAACUUGUAAAGGUAUAAUUAGCAUGUAUAGAGCUAAUGUGUACUAUGGUGUGUUGAUAGAGUAUAUGGACUGCAAAAUGUUCAGUUAUUGUAUUAAACAAAAUUAA